UCUCUCUUCUCCAGACUCUGUCAGGCUGGUGAAUGGGACUAGUCUGUGUUCAGGCAAACUGGAGGUGAAGUCUAACCAGUCUAACCAGUCGUGGUCCUCAGUGUGUGAAGAUGACUUUGACCUGCAGGAUGCAAAGGUGGUCUGCAGGGAGCUUGGCUGUGGUUCUCCUUCAGUCCUCCAGGGGGCGCUCUAUGGAGACAUGGAGGCUCCAGUGUGGACCAAAGAGUUCCAGUGUAGAGGCCAUGAGUCUGCUCUGCUGGACUGUGACAGCUCAGAUAGAAACACCUGCUCUUCUGGCAAAGCUGUUGGACUCACCUGCUCAGAGCCCGAUAAUUUCCAGUUGGCGAGAGGAUCCAGUCGCUGUGCUGGUGAACUGGAGAUGAAGAAAGAGGGAUGGUGGAGUAAAGUGGAUGUUGAUGAUCAUUCUGCCUGGAAUCUAAAGGCAGCAGAUGUAGUGUGUAGACAUCUUGACUGCGGCUCUGCUGUUUCAUCAGGGUGGAAAAAGAUGGAUUACUACAUAGGAACAUGGAGGAUUAGAUCAACUUGUCUUCAAUCCAAGUCUGCAGUUAGGGAGUGUAUAUCAACAAAGUCUUACACUUCCUUUUCCAAACUGGAGAUCAACUGCUCAGACUCUGUCAGGCUGGUGAAUGGGACUAGUCUGUGUUCAGGCAGACUGGAGGUGAAGUCUAACCAGUCUAACCAGUCGUGGUCCUCAGUGUGUGAAGAUGACUUUGACCUGCAGGAUGCAGAGGUGGUCUGCAGGGAGCUUGGCUGUGGGGCUCCUUCAGUCCUCCAGGGGGCGCUCUAUGGAGACAUGGAGGCUCCAGUGUGGACCAAAGAGUUCCAGUGUAGAGGCCAUGAGUCUGCUCUGGUGGACUGUGACAGCUCAGAUAGAAACACCUGCUCUUCUGGCAAAGCUGCCGGACUCACCUGCUCAGAGCCUGAUGAUGUCAGGUUGUCAGGAGGAGCCAGUAGCUGUGCUGGUACGCCAGAGAUGAAACAACAGGGACAGUGGAGACCAGUGACUGACUGGGAUACUGAAUGGGACCAGAAGUUAUCAUCUGCAGUGUGUAAACGGCUGGACUGUGGUUCUGCUGUUUCCACAAACAUCAGCAGCAGCUCUUCAGAAACACCUGUUUGGGGGAUCAGUCGUUCUUGUGUUCAGUCUGAUUGGCUAGUACGGGAGUGUUUAUGGUUAACAGGUUACAGGAAAAGCCCCAAGAACCUGGAGGUGGUCUGCUCAGAUUUGCUGGCUCAGCCAAACAUCUCCUUCUCUACCCACAUUGACGGGGUUUCUGAGGCCACGCAGCAGGGGUUGCGAGUUCUCAUGGGCUCCGACUUCACCAUCAGCUGCUCCGUCCUGCCACAGUACCCAGGAGGCUCCUUCCAGCUCAUCUUCAACACCUCUGACCCAGAACAGAAGACAUACACCCUGCCAGCUGUCAAUCAUUCAGCCCACUUCCUGUUCUCUGCUGCAGACUCCACCCACCGAGGGGAGUACCGCUGUGUUUAUCACCUCUACGCUUUCUCCCAUAACUUCUCUUCUGAGAGCCGGCCGCUCCAUCUCACUCUCGCAGCCUCUCUAACACAUCUGGUCAUCAGACUGGUCGUCCUGGUGCUGCUGGUGCUCGUGUCCGGUGCUGCCCUGUUUUGCUACUCCAAGGCCAACAGAGGGCAGACACCAAGACGAGAGGACAACAUGGAGGUGCGUUACCUCUGUGGUGCUGAUGACUUGCUGGGUGAAGAGGCAGGAGGAGCGCAGGGCUCAGAGUAG